CUCACGUCUCGAGACCCGGGGGCGGAAACGGCUCGGAUCGUGACGCGGCUGACAUCACUGGCAGGGCCUACUGCUGCUACUGCUGCUGCUGCUACUCUCAUUGUUUCAUCAACACAAUUCACUCGACGACGAUCGAAUUAAAGUCUUCGUCUUCGAUUCGCGACGCUCGGCCUACAAAAGCGUGGCUCCGACACAUCCAUUUAGCCUCGGUCCUACAACAAUAACAAGUGUUUGUAGCACUGUACACGAUGGAGAACGCCACUGGACUUAAAGACGAAGGGAACAAAUGCUUCAACGCAGGCGACUACGCGAACGCUCUGGUGUACUACACGAAAGCCAUCGCGUGCACAGAGGACAAGCGAGACCUGGCAGUCCUGUACAAGAACAGGGCGGCUUGCUACCUGAAGCAGGAGGAUUACACACGAGCUGUGGAAGAUGCUUCUAAAGCUGUUGAAGACAACGAGAGCGAUGUGAAAGCCCUCUAUCGGCGUUGCCAGGCUUACGAGAAGAUGGGCAGGUUGGACCAGGCAUUCAGAGAUGCCCAGAGGUGUUCGUCCAUCGAACCGCAAAACAAGGCGUUUGUGGAAACCUUGAGAAAACUGAGCAUUCAGAUGCAGGAAAAGCUGAAGGUAAACCUCUCCACGGAGAGCAAAGUCGAACAGAUGUUCAAGAUAUUGUUCGACGAAAACAUUCCCGAUGGCGACAAGGAAAAGGCGGCUCAGAACAUGGUGAUCCUCGCUCGGGAUGCCGCUGGCGCCGAUAGCAUCUUCCAGAGCGACGGGGUGCGGCAACUGCAGCGCCUCAUCGGCACCGACAAGCCCAGUAUGGUCCUCGCGGUCAUGCGCACGCUGGUGGGGCUGUGCACUGCGCACGAAGCCAGGGCGACCGCCAUCCUGCGAGCGAUCGGCAUGGAGACCCUGUGCAGGGUGAUGGCCAGCGACGAUGAGGGCAUCUCCAUCGCCACCUGCAAGGUGGUGCAGGCUGUGUGGGAGUCCAUUGUGGAAAGCCUACCCAAGGAUCAUGACAAGCCGCAGUCGCUUCUGCUGGAUAGCAACAGUGACCUGAAGGGAAUGGUUGUGCGUUUGGUGGAGAUGUUGGUGGACAAAGGCGUGUCUGGAUUUGGGAGGGACAACGCUUUGAAUAUUCUCAUCAAGAUCAUUCCUCGCAAGUCACUGAAAAACCCGGACAAUUCGGUCUCACUCAAGUUCAUUGACUACGGGAUGAAGCACGUGCUCAAAGUGGCUGGGAUUGUCGCGGAGUCGCCGGGCGGUCUCGCCGCGACGGAGAACACGUGCAUGACAGCGGCGGUGCUUCUCAACAAGCUGUACGAGGACCUGAGGGGCGACGCGGAGCGGGAGAACUAUGAGAAGAUUUGCGCCGAGUAUGUCACGAAAUAUUUCGGUGGGAGCGACGUGGCCGGAAAUCUGCACGCCAUCCAGACCAUAUCGGGCCUUCUGCAGGGCCCAUUUGAUGUGGGCAACAAGAUCCUGGAACUCAAGGGCGUCUUGGAGACGAUGGUGGCUUUGGUGGCCUCGGAGCGCGAGCUUGAUCAGCUGGUGGCCACGGAGGCGCUGAUCUACGCCGCCGCUAAGUCCAACCGCGCCACCUUCAUCACCGGCAACGGCGUGUCGCUGCUCAAGGACAUCUACAAGAAAACGACCAACGACAAAAUCAAGAUACGCGCGCUGGUGGGACUGUGUAAAGUGGGCUCCGCUGGAGGCACUGACUAUAGCCUGAGGCAGUUUGCAGAAGGCUCAAUGGAGAAACUGGCCAAGCAAUGCAGGAAGUGGCUAACCAAUGACACCAUCGACAUCCGAACGCGAAAGUGGGCCAUAGAAGGUAUGGCCUAUCUCACUCUCGAUGCUGACGUGAAGGAUGAAUUUGUUGAAGACGAAGAUGCAUUGCGAUGCAUGCUGGAAUUAGCCAAGUCCAGCGAUAAGACCAUCCUGUACGCGGUGGCCUCCACGCUGGUCAACUGCACCAACAGCUACGACAAGAAGGAGCCUCCUGUGGAGAUGGUGGAGCUCGCCAAGUACGCUAAGCAGCACGUGCCCGAGCUACACCCCAAGGACAAGAAGAAGUUUGUUAAUAUUCGCGUGAAGAAGCUGCUCAAGGCUGGCCUGGUGUCCGCGCUGGUUUGCAUGGUGAAGUCGGACAGUGCCGUGCUCACCGACGCCAGCAAGGAGCUCAUGUCCAGGGUGUUCUUGGCACUGGUGGAAGAAACUGAAAACAGGGGAACGAUCGUGGCAGAAGGCGGUGGGAAGGCUUUAAUUCCUCUCGCCCUGGAAGGAACGGAAGUGGGAAAGAGUAAAGCCGCUCAAGCCUUGGCCAAAAUCACCAUCACGGCCAACCCAGUGAUCGCCUUUCCUGGCGAGAGGAUCUACGAGGUGGUGCGUCCCCUCGUGAGCCUCCUGAACAUGGAGAAUUCUGGGCUGCAGAAUUUCGAGUCACUCAUGGCCCUCACUAAUCUGGCAGGAAUCAACGACAAGCUGAGGAAGCAGAUGCUCAAAGAGAAGGCUUUCCCAAUGAUCGAAAGCCACAUGUUCGAAGAUCACGAGCAAAUCCGCGCCGCCGCCACCGAGUGCAUGUGCAACAUGGUCCUCAACAAGGAGGUGCAAGAGAUGUUUGAGGCAGACGGUAACGAUCGGAUGAAGCUGUUGGUCCUGUACAGCGGCAUGGACGACGAGAAGGUGCAGAUGGCAGCCUCUGGGGCGCUGGCCAUGCUAACGACCGAAAACACGAAGCUGUGUGCUAAAGCCACACAAGUGACGUCGCAGUGGCUAGAGAUCCUGCAGCACCUGGUGAUGCACGAGAAGAAGGACCUGCAGGUGCGCGGGCUUGCCGUCACCCUCAACCUGAUGAGCGCCGAGAAGGGCAUCGCCGAGAAACUGAUGGAGAGCGAGAUGAUGGAAAUCCUGUCGUUGAUCGCAAAGCAGGAGGGCAGCGAUUCGGAGAGCCAGAACGUGAUAUUGGCUCGCGAGUGUCUGUCCAAGGCCCUCAACUACGGACUCAUUAAACCCUUCUCUGAUGCUGCUGUGCAGCCGUAAACGGCAGUAAUUGGUGAUCGGACAGAGACCAUCGCUACACUUGGCAUCUUACUUCACUCCUGCCUGGAAUGAUUUGAACCCAGGAUCUUCGUGGUACCAGCUCACCCAUUAGACUAUAUAUUAUAACAUCUACAAGCAAAGUACAAAUAUCGUGUGUCCGUUUGGUUCUUAAAUUGCAAGCAGUCUGUGCUUGGAAGCAUCGUCACCUAUAGUAAUGGAUAUUAAGAAUGUAUUCAUAAGUUAAUCCGUUGAUUUCCUUAAUUAAAAUGUACACAGUUUUUUGUACUUUUUCAAAGUUGGUUAGCAGCACGCAUUCUCAAACAAAUGCGCUUUUAUUUAUGUCAAAGGUUGACCGGUAAAUGGCGUUGCCAUACAACUUUCAGUCAUUCUGGCUCCAAUUGGAACACGUCUGUCAAUCUACGCUCGUUUUAUUUGGGAGUCGAAGUUUGCACACGGAUACUUAUAAAAACGUUUUACUUAACCACAGACAAGCAUAUAUAGACAAUAGUUUUCAGGUUUGGGAGCCUCCGAAAACUAAGAUUGUCUAAUUAUUUAAACUUCUCACUUUUUAAAGGAAUGCACCCAAUAUUUAACCAACAAACAGGAUUGAUAUUGCAUAUUUACAAAAUUCAAGCGCCACAUUUGCGCCUAGACUGUUCACAAAUAUAACGUCAUUUUUUUUCUCUUCACUUCACUUCAGAGGUUGUAGAGUAGGGCACGUUAUCUGUGUAUCGAUCGAAAACGUAAUAAGUAUAACCCAUAAAAACAAAGUUUUUCACUCUAAAUCCUUUAUAUGCGUGGCGGCUCGAGUCCUCUCGUCCUCUGGCUUCAGAUGGCUGCCACCUAUGGGUCAGAUGAUUGUCUGCAGUAUUAAACAAUUGGUAAUUAAAUAUUUAAUUUGUUUUCCCUAAACAGUGUAAAAUUUUUGAAAAAAAAUUUCACGAACAUUAAUUGUCAGGCACAACGAGUCGGUGUACAAAAUGUCAGCUCGAUUGGAUCACGGGAAGUGGGUUAAAAAACGACCGAAAGGUUUGCACGGUCGUAAGCAAGCAAGCAAGCACGCACGGUCGUAAGCAAGCAAGCAAGCACGCACGCAAGCACGCAAGCAAGCGAACUUAAUAUAAAGGAUUUAAAAAUAUUUCGUCAUCAGUAUCACGGCAUUUUCAAAAAAUAUUAAACGGACAGCUCGCUGUUGUGUUUUCGACUUGUACCGAUUGUCUUGGGGCACGGAGUCUGACGGUUUACCCCCCACGGGCUGCGAAAACCUCCGCGGCAGUGGAAGGGAAACUGAAUCUUGAACGUCUUUCUCUUGUGGGGACCCCCACCGCCUUCGUGAACAUUUCGCUCAAUUCCGCGGGAAUGUAAAGCUUUCAAAUGCUUGUUAAUUCGUGACGGAUACAUUCCAGAGAUGCCCGUGAACAUUACGUUUCGGGGAUGAUGAUGAUGAUGAUGUUGGCCUACAAAAACCUAAUUAUUAAUGAAUUCCCUUAAAUAGGUACGUAAAUAAGCUGUUAAAUACAUGACAGUUGUCAUCAGACAUCUCUUAAUCUCAUCACUUCAUCUAAUCACUUUCUCGCAUCACAUUCUCUUAUCACAUUCUCUCUCGUUUUAUCUGAUCACUUUAGCUCAUCAAUUUCUAUCUCUCGAUGCGAUUUGCGGAUCGCCAAAAUCGCGGAUAGCAAGUUUGUGAAUAACGAGGGAAUAAUGUGCACAUUUACAAACUUGCAAUUCAAAUGAUUGUCAAUUACUUUAUUGUUUUACGUCAGUUUGUUUUACACCGAUGCGUGUGUUUUUUUUUACUUCUAGUUACAACGGUGAAAUAUUUCCAGUGCUGUACACGUCAGGGGAAGGCUUUGGCCGCCCGCCUUCUUUUGUUCACGCGUUGGGUCACCGACGUAUUUAUUUAACGAAUUGCGUUCUUCCAUCUGGCGACAAGCAAAAAGUGUAACAUCGUCUCGUGGGUCGGCUAACGCUCCGAGGAGAUGAGAUCGCAAGAAACGUGUUCAAGGUCCCUUCGUUCUAGCCACCGCUUUAUCCUCAGUAGGUGGCGUCAACUCUCUCUCCUUGCCCCUGCGUAGCGUCCCCGUCCAUCGCAAUGGCAAUCCAAGGAACAAAAAAAAUGUUUGAAUCCCCAGUGCUGGAUCGUGACGGCAGGCGUUCAGAUGAAGUUGGCGUUGGUCACCGAGAUCGUAAAUUCUCUACGCUUGAGAACCACGCUUUAAUCACGAUCGACCGUGAUCUGGAUUCAAACUCGUGGUCUUUACCGCUCAGAGGCCUCAGAACAGACCUCUGAACAUGGCCUUGGCUCAAUUAACCCAUCUGAUGAAUCAAAACUCGUGAUCUCUAGCAGUGCCCGCUCAGCAGAGGUCGCAACCGGGUACCUGAUACCCGUACCCUACUCGAUACCCGGCUACCCGUACCCGUUUGCGACCCUGGUGCGGCCGGGUACGGGUACGGGUAGGCCGUGAGUCACUGGUGAGUAACCGUUUGUCACUCAUUUCCCAACGUCUUGUCUCUUCUCACAAUUCAAGUUCCUAGAAUCAACCCACCCGCGCCUGCAACAUGGCUUCAUCCCAGAGGUCGCAAUCAGGUACCCGAUACCCGUACCCUACCCGUACCCGGCCGGCCCGUACCCGUACCCGGCCGGGUACGGGUACCCGUUUGCGACCCUGGUGCGGCCGUGUACGAGUACGGGUUAGGAAUCAAAACCCGUUUGCGACCUCUGCCGCUCAGAGGCCUUUGACAUGGCCUUGGUUCGCUUAACCCAUCUGAUGAAUCUCCGUGGUGUCUUGACGUUUUAAAUUGUCUGCGGUAACCUCGUGACUUUUUGCAGGCAGCAGUUGGCACACAAUUGAUACCAUUGAUACUCUGACGUAUAUUCAAUGAGUUGUAUCAAAAAACAUGACGGUAAUUGAAUCCCGUUUAACCGCACCAACCGAUGGGUUUGAGCCAAAGCCGAUCCGACCCCAGCGAUGGUCUCGCUGAAGUUCGUCAAUCACCAUCUGUUAUCCGAGCAUGGAUGAUAAGUGUCACCUCUACGUGGUGGAACGUCCAUCGUGGUUUCCACAUUCUCCUCUGAAGUGUGGAUAACGGGAAUAAAAUGUGCGUCUAAUAGGAUCUGCCUUCGAGUGGGUAAAAUAAUAUUUACGGUGUAUUGUCUUGAGGCCGUGUUAACGACCAAGGCAGCGAUGUGUGUCGGUGUAUGUUUCUCCACCACUGCCCGUAAGUCAAUUAUUUUAUUUUUUGUAUUUUAAUUUAUAUCGCACGUUUGUUAAUCAAUGCACUCUUUGCCGUCUGCGCAUCGCGGAGCGGACGUUUGAAAAGCAUUCCGUUCAGUGCUGUCCUGCUGCUUUUAUUGAUGUUGAAAGUUUUAUUUAAUCUCACACUUAAUUCUUCAUUGCAAAAACUGUCGCUGUGCAUUCACUGGAACAUUGUUGCUGUGUUCAUUUGCGCAUUCCACAAAGGGCACGUGGCCGUUUCUACUUUAGAGUCGUAUAAAUAUAUUUCACUCCCCUUGCACAGCUGAGAAAUAAAUGUUGAUGUGA